AUGAAAAUUAAACUGCCGCGAGACCGAUUCCCAUCAACGUCCUCCAACGAAGAUAUCGACACGACAAAUGACUGGGAGACGGAAGUCCGUCCAAUGGCCAUGAUGCCGCGUCUCCCCCCACCACAGGGCGUUAUGGUGGGGGCGGUGCGGAAGCGGCGCGGCAAUUUACCUAAAAACUCUGUGCGCAUCUUGAAGAGGUGGCUGUAUGACCAUCGCUAUAAUGCGUAUCCGAGUGAUACGGAGAAGAUGGCGCUGAGUCAGGAGGCCAAUUUGACGGUUUUGCAGGUGUGUAAUUGGUUCAUAAACGCUCGGCGUCGCAUCCUGCCCGAAAUGAUAAGGCGGGAAGGGCACGACCCUUUACACUACACGAUAUCGCGUCGUGGUCGCAAGCAGCCGCCCGGCGUGGGGCCUAUGGUGGGUCUGCCGUCAACGUCGGGCAUGGGCAUGCCACCCGGUAGCAUGAUGAUGCCGUGGAACGGGGUUGAAGUUCAGAAUAUAGUUGACCCCAACCGUCCGCACGACUACGGGGACGGUCUGCUCGUGUACCGCGACGGGGACGAGCUGGUGGACGCGGAGGAGGGCUACUCCAGCGCGAUCAGCGAGGAGGAGGUUAAGUACGAUCCGUCCGUGUGGCAGAGCGUCAUACGGUACGGCCCGGAGGAGAGAGACUUGCAUGCUGUUAGGGGAGCACCGUCCGUGGUGGCGGUGAGUACGGAAGAGGUGCCGGAGCUGGGCGAGGGCGCGGUGUGGACGCAGCUGACGCCGGUGCGCCGCCAGGUGAGUCCGCCGCCGCCGCCCGUCGCCGUCGAGCUCGAAGUGGCCACUACUGAUAUGUGGUGCCACACUUAG